GCGGUGAGUAAUUAGGGUUUAUCAAAGCAAAAUUUAUAGGGUUUCGUUGUUAUUGCUUCGGAUUCCAGCAAGUUUCUUGACUCUAUUUGAGGGUUUCACGAUGAAAAAUAGAGAAAACGAUGGGAAUCUUGAGAGCAGAAUCUUCGUGGGAGGAUUGUCUUGGGAUGUCACUGAGAGACAGCUUGAGAGUACUUUUGAGCGCUACGGGAAAAUCACCGAGUGUCAGAUUAUGGUGGGGAAAGAUACUGGCCGUCCACGUGGUUUUGGGUUUAUUACAUUCACUGAUCGCCGAGGAGCUGAUGAUGCAAUUAAGCACAUGCAUGGGAGGGAGUUGGGUGAUAGGGUCAUCUCGGUGAACAAGGCUGAGCCCAAAAUUGGAGAUGAUGUAGACCCUUCUCAUAAAUCCAGAGGGAAGGGAAGUGAAGAUGUGUGCUUUAAGUGUGGACGCCCUGGUCAUUGGGCUCGAGAAUGCACAUCAACUGGUGGUGAUCGAGGACGGUUCCGAGAUCCUCUUCCGAUACGAUCUAGACUUGGAGGAGUUGAUGGGCAUCGAGAUCGCUAUGGAGAUCGUGAACUGGAGCGGGAGCGUGACCGUGAGCGUGACCGUGACCGCUACAUGGAUGCACGUCGUGAGCGUGAUGGGGGACGAUAUAGCUAUAGGGACCGCUUUGAGGGUGGAGACAAGUAUGAACCUCGUGAUCACUAUCCAAUGGAGAGAUACCCACCACCUGGAGACCGUUUGGUGAUUGAUAGGUAUGGGAUGCCUGAACAUCGGUAUGUUGAGAAUGAAUAUCGCGGGAGAGAGAGAAGCUAUGACAGGGACAGAUACCCAAGGGAUACCGGUGAUAGGUACGUUGAUAUGGGACCAUUACGCGAUGAGGGAAGACCAUAUAGAAGCAGACCUGGUCCUUAUGACCGUCCUAGCCGAGCUGGAGGCCGAUCUUCAUCAUAUGAACGUUGGUAGUUUGUUGGGGUUUUAGCAGAUGCAAUGCUUCUGUUAUUUUAUUUAGGUCUUAUAUCAGAUAGAACUCAAAUUCUACUAUGCUUUAUUUUGUGGAAUACUAUGAUUCUUCAUCACUCUGAAUAGUUUUGUGUUCAAUGA